ACACACCUUCCAACAUUAUGGUCUACUACUCGCUGUUGUCACAGUCAUCCUAGAGGAGAUAUAUCGCAAGGAUGCUGACCCAAAUAUGGAUGAAGCUAUUUAGAUAAAACAAAAAAGAGUAUGAUCAGAGAUUUGUUAACCAAGUUUGUUUAAUAAUUCAGUUUCAAGACGUUUGACCUUGCUAACCAAGGUAUAUAAGUCCAAAUCUGUUUACCUCCGGGAAAUAUCAGAAGCAUAAACCUUUUUCGAUUUCCAUAUUAAAAACCACCAUUUUCAUCUCCGGGGGUCGAAAUAGAAUGAAUGUUUAUGCUUUUAACUUGUCGAAUCCGGUCAAACAUAUGUCCCUUUUGAGUGUUAAGACGUCUGUAAGGAUUGCUUUUUUGCGCAAUAUAUGUGAACCACAUAAGCUAUUUACGUUCUCAAAUAACAUGUAUUUUUUUGCAUAUUUUACAAAAAUGUACAAACAGCUUAGCAAAUAACAUGUCAUCAUCAAGACUCAUGGUUAGAAAUGAUACAUACUAACAAUUGAUCAGGCUAAUUUUGUCCAAUUGUACCAGAGUAGUGAUUUAUAUUUUUAGAUAUCACUAGAUUUGCUAUUAAGAUGACCCUUAAAUUUGAAAUACAAAUAGUUGUUUAAAAUCUUAUUCUGUUUAAUGCAGGGGUAAGAAUUGACAUUGUUGCAGUGCAGUAAGUCAGUUAUUUUUUUAAAAACAGGACAUUAUGAUACAUCUGGUAAUUCAUCAAGUUGUGUUAUUAUAAAACAAAGAAAUUAUAUCGUCUGGACAUUGUGUUUUCAUGGAACAUGAACUGCAGAAGUGAGAUAAGCCGUUAUCUCCGAUUCGUCAACGAAACAAUAAGGGUCGGACGGUAUCUGCUGGUUUGUACGAACCGACAAUGGUGUACACAGUACGAUUAGGUCUAGUUUUAACCAGCGUUAUUGUGCAAGCGAUCAGAGGAUGUCCGAACGGUUGGACAGCUUUCAAUGAUUCCUGCUAUUUGGUAUCCUUUCAUAAGGAAGAUUGGUCAGCCGCGUCGACUGAUUGUCACUCCUACCAUGGUUAUCUUGCUGAGGUUUUAGAUUCGAACGAGAAUAACUUCCUGACUGAAUUGGUCACACAAUAUCAAAAACACGAAGACUACUGGUUAGGCGCUACCGACAUAUUUGUGGAGGGAGACUGGCGAUGGAAUGUAAAUGGUCAACAUUUAAAUUACACCAACUGGCAACACGGGCAGCCAAACAAUCUUCACUCCCAUGGCGAGGACUGUUUAGCGGCCCACUAUAGUAGCUCCCGCGUCCAAUGGAGAGAUUAUGCAUGCACGUCGAAACAUUAUUUCAUUUGUGAGACUAGAGGCAGAUGGAUAACGUUCGGCUGAAUGUCAAUCAAUGCCCUUAAAAAGUAUAUGGUAUCAUAUAAAUAAUUUGUAUUAGUAGUUUUUCCUGUAAUAUGUAUUAACUCCAAACUUGUUUAUAUGCGUAUGUUUAAUAGACUGACGGCAAAAAUCACAAAAUAAUAGAUGUUAUCUUGCCUAAAGAGGCUUGCCCGCAGAGAGAGCAGAAAAAUUGGCUAAUAGAAAAAGAUUUUUUACACA